AACUAUUUUGACAUGGACCUAGUUUGUAGAACACAAAAUCACAUGUUUUUAACAAAAAUAAAAGAUUGAAGAAAUAAAAUGACAAUUUUUUUAAAUUUGUGGGUAAUAAACGUUUAAAAUUUUAAGAAGAAUCGGUAGUUUGAAAUUGUACUACCGAUACUGUUUAACUCCAAAAAAUUAAAAAAAAAAUUGAUAGAUAAACUUAGGGUUUAUAUAAGAUGAAAGAUGAGUCAGAUUAAGGUUUUGAAAAAUAUAAGAAAUCAAGAAGAUGAAGAAAAAAAAAAAAAACUUACCUAUUGACCUUCAAAUAAUUUGUGAAAACUUCGGUGAUGAAAGAAGUGUCGAUGAUGGAAGCAACAUAAUAAAGAGAGGCAAAAAGAGAUAGAGAGUUUGCUUCAAUUCAGGUCAAAAAUAAGUUUUACCUUAAUUCGGUAUAAGUUUAAGUUCAAAAUUAGAGAAAUUUUUUAGACUAUUUUAACUCAAAUUUAAAAAUAUCAUAUUAAAUUCAAUAUAACAUGAUUUAUUAACAAAAAUUAAUAAACGAAUUAUAAUAACAUGUUUUUUAACACAAACCAAACGCGCAACAUGAACCGAGUUUCCCGACACACACCAAAACCGUCGCCUUUUUAGUUCCUUCGUUCGAUCAAAACCGUAAACCCUAGAAGCUUGUGUCUCAAUCCGUCAUGAACUCAACGGUGAACUUACUCGAUGAAGCUCUAGGACUGAACGAUAUCGAUCAGACGGAACCUUCUUCGAACACUAGAGGCCGAGUCGUGCUCAUCGAGGACUGCGUGGAGACUAGCGGCUCAUUUUUACUUCAUCAUCUCAUCAAGCGCUCUCUCUCCCCUCAAUCGUCUGGUGUCGUCAUUUUCGUCGCCUUCGCUCAACCCUUUUCUCACUACGAUCGCAUUCUCCGAAAAAUGGGUUGCAACUUACUAACGCAAAGAGAUAAUAAAAGAUUCCUAUUUUUGGAUAUGCUUAUGCUGGAAUGUCCAGAUGGAGAUGGAGAAACAGCUAGCAAAGGUGGAAUUCUUUUGUUGUAUAGGAAAAUUCAGAAAGCUGUGGAAGACGGUUACUCAACUAAAGGGAGGAACAUUACUGUUAUCAUAGAUGAUAUAUCCCUCAUGGAGGUGGCUGCUCACGGUUCUUCAAAUCAUGUCUUAAACUUUCUGCAUUACUGCCACACUUUAACAUCCCAAUAUGGUUGUUCCUUAGUUAUUCUUAAUCACCGGGAUAUUUAUUCAAGAACAGACAGACCUUCCCUCAUUUUACAAAUGGAGUACCUUGCAGAUACUUUGAUAAAAGCUGAACCUUUGGCCACUGGUUUGGCAACUGAUGUGCAUGGACAGUUGACAGUGAUGAACAAGGGAAUUUGUGAUGGCUCCAGAAUCUCUAGGAAUAAGAUGCGCAAUUUCCAUUUCAGGGUCAAGGAAAAUAGUGUAGAAUACUUCUAUCCAGGGACUAGGACUUGAAGAGGUGCAAUUGAACAACCCUCCAUUUGAAUUUCAGUUGUAAAAACAAAUGAUAUAUAUUUAUGCUUUCACACAGGGAAGUGAUUUACCUAACUUUUGAGUGUGAAAAUUCAUUUUUAUUAGCAAUACGAUGCGUACGAGCUGUAUUUUAUUUUAUCUGAA